GUUUUGCUGUUGCUAUCUACUUCAACACUCUACGCCCCGCUCCUGCUGUCUUGAUAAGACUCUCCAACUACUUUUCUCCACAAAAUAGUCACGCAAUACUCUAGAAGUGGAUUUAUCGCCUCCUCUUAAACGUCUCUGCUUCUCUUCAAUGAGGUAGAUGCUCGCAUUGCCCUAUCCCUCGCUACCCAUUCUCAAACCCCUACUGUGCAAACCAAUCAAGUCUAGCCCAGCCUCAUUCGGCAAGCCAACUCUCGGACUGUUGGCAUACUCUCAUCUUGUUCUUGUUUCCUUACCUAUUUUGUCGUCAAGCGCCGAAUGAGCCUCGUUCCCAUCCAACAUGAUCCGGUUUCUGUUGUUGCUGCUUGGUGCAGCCUUCGUUACCAGCUCCGCAAUCCUCCUCGUAUUCAAGAAGGGAAGACGUGAUGUAUUCCUGAACCGCCUACACUUCCGGAGUCGGCGCUCGUCUGGCUCUAACACUCCUCCUCGGUCCCUGUCCCCAGGCAAGAAGCAACCAGAGAACAUUCCAACACCAGACUACUCAGACACUUUCCCGCCGUCUCGCCGAUUCGCCUUGGCCGAGAUUCAAAGCAACCUGCCUUCAAUAUUGGGCAAAUCGCAGGAGUCGCUAGCUGCUUCACCUUCAGAUUCAAGGAAAGCAUGUCUUCCAAUUACGACCUCUUACCUCGAUGCCGAGACGCCCAUGUUCACACCUUGCGAGUUUUCAACCGAGGAAAUCAAAGCUCUCGGGAAUUUUCCUGAUUAUGCUACUCUUAGUGGCGUGCCUCUUCCCCGCCCGUACCCCGAAUUCAAUAGCAAGAAGGCGCAGCCUCGUCCAUAUAGGCCAUUCCGAUGGACCUACCACCAGACUAUGUCACUCACUAAAUUAGAACCCGACUGGUGGCUAGAGAUCGAAAACACCUACGAAAAGAGGAUUAAACAACGACAGGAGCUCUUCGAAAAGCAUGGCGAAGGUGUCCUACAAGCCCUCCCUGGAUCUGAGUUGGCAUGCAAAGAGCUGAUGGAAAUGGCUUUACAAUUCCUAUGCGCCCGUUAUCCGCAUUACUUCCGUCUGGAUAAGGAGAAGAUGGUCUUUUACAACGGCAUCCUGAGCACCGAGUCAGAUCUUAAGAACACCCACCCACUCCAGGUACUUUUAAAUAACGUCCCUGAAGACUUCGCGAUUACGCUUCGAGAUCCAAUUACAGGGUAUUACUCCUUCCGCGCGGGCCUGAUAUGUAGUGCGCUAGGAUGGAACGUGGCCUCUAAGAUUGGCAUGCAGCUGCAUGAGAUCCAUAAGCCCAUACCGGACUAUAAGGAGAAGAUGCAGUACUUUGCAAAGAAGCCUACAGACAAAGCGAUCCAGCGCGGAUCAUGGGGCCUUGAAGUCGACCAGCCGCUAUACAUGCCUCCUGGUGACCCCCACGAGAAGCAUCGUGAUGUCCAGCAUGCAGAUCUCAGCAUCUCACGCUGCCACCUUCGCGUUGACUGGCAAACACUUCGCCGUCUCCCACUCUCCGGGGCCAUUGUCUUCAACUUCAAGGCUCUCUUCACUCCUGUCGAGAGCUUUCGUGAUGAACCGUUCAUCCCUGCCCUGCUCUUGAAAGUCCUGAAGGACGGCAAGCGUAGUCUGAUGGAGUAUAAGAACACAUGGCACACGGAGCAUGUGGUCAUCCCGGAGUUAGAGAAGUAUGCUAAGGAGCAAGUGGACAGUGGCGCGGUGCCAAAGAACUGGGAGCCGCAUACGCUCGAAGAGAGUCCUUGGUUUCCAGGGUGGGAGGAGAAGUGGCAUCGCGAACAAGGUUAUUAGACCUUAAAGAUGAAACAAAAGGUGGCAUUCUGUCUGGGAGAUGGUUCCUUUCCAUAACUAGUAUUGUGCUAAGGAACAUGGCGACAUUAUGUCGUCCAUUCUGACGGUAGGAAGCUGGGUUUUGGGAGAAAUCAGAGGGCGUUAUGGGCG